ACGGAUUGUUCGAAUGAGUUGUUCUCGUUCUGGGUGAUCGUAUCUUUUCCUGCGAGCAAUCGAAUCCGAAUAUUCUUUUAUUCUCUCGCGCUGUUCGGCGCGGUGUGCUGGCUGAAUCCAUCCAUUUCGGUUCGACUGAGUCGUUUCUUCAUCAGCUCGCGCGGGAUCGAUCUCAGUAAACCCCAAAGGAGAGCGCGGGAUCCAUUUCGGUUCGAUUGUCGUUUCGUUUAUUGGCAUCGAAACUGCACUUGCGACCGAGAAUUUUAGGAAGAUCCUCCUGUUGGAUUCUGUGGAUUGUUUUAACGAUGGAUGGAUGAAAGAGGACUUCUUGCGUGUAUAGACUUUCUGUUACCGAAUUUUGCUUCGUGUACAGGGUGGACGACGGCAGUCGGUACACCUUCGCAGCUUGCAUUCAACUGUGUGUUUGCUGUCUGGGUUAUUUAGGCUUCAUAAAUAUUGUCAUUUUAUUGCUGUGUUAUGAGAGCAUAUGAUUCAGAGCACAAUGGCAUCAACUUUACUUGAUGGUCUCCCUAAUGAAGUUGCUCUCCAGUGCCUUGCACGGGUCCCAUUCUUAUUCCAUCCCAAGCUUCAGCUGGUUUGCUGCUCUUGGAGAGCUUCUGUUUGCAGUGGUGAGCUUCUCAAAGUUCGGAAUCAGAUUGGCGUGACAGAAGAACUGUUAUGUGUGUUAGCAUUUGAGCCUGAAAACAUGUGGCAGCUUUAUGAUCCUCUACGAGAUAAGUGGAUAACUCUCCCUGUCAUGCCGUCUCAGAUUAGGAACAUUGCUCGUUUUGGAGUGGCCUCAGUUGCUGGCAAGCUCUAUGUUAUUGGUGGUGGCAGUGAUCGAGUUGAUCCGCUUACUGGAGACCAUGACAGGAUCUUUGCAAGCAAUGAGGUUUGGUCUUUUGAUCCUCUCAACCGUGUGUGGGCCCAAAGGGCUCCAAUGCUUGUAGCUCGAGCGAUGUUUGCUUGCUGUGCAUUGGAUGGGAAAAUAAUCGUUGCAGGGGGCUUCACAAACUGCCGCAAAUCGAUAUCAAAGGCUGAGAUUUAUGACCCUGAAGCUGAUGCGUGGGAGCCUCUCCCUGACCUCCGUCAGGCACAUAGCUCUGCCUGUUCUGGACUUGUCAUCAAGGGCAAGAUGCAUGUAUUGCAUAAAGGUCUACCAACGGUGCAGAUUCUGGAAGAUGGUGGCAGUUAUUGGGCUGUCGAGGAUUUCUCUUGGCUGCAAGGCCCAAUGGCAAUGGUCAGUGGGGAGCUGUAUGUGCUGAGCAACAGCUGUAUCAUGAAGCAGCGUGGGGAGAAUUUCCCGGAUAAGAUGGUGUCUUGUGCGUCUGAAUUCCAAAGCAGGAUUGGUUUUGGGAUGAUUGGUCUGGGAAACAGCAUAUACUUGGUUGGGGGAGUGAUUGGACCCGGGCCAAGAAAUCAGUGCAUCAAGCCACUGUCUGAUGUUGAUAUUUUGAAUGUCACAAGCGAGAGACCAACCUGGCGACCGGGAUCACCAAUGACGCAUUGUCGAGGGAGCAUAUCAGGCUGCGCUUUGUUGAGGAUUUAGCCUCUUUCCUGUGCGACGAUGCUAGUAUCCACCGUUGCUGAAUUGACUGCAGAUGGCUUUUUAGUAUCCUGCAUGUUGUUUCUUUUAAAAAAGGGCUGUUUUUGUACUUUGACUUUCGAUAUUCUGUUGUAGACAUGGAGGACAUGUAUUGAUCGUGGCUCAAUGUAAGAUUGUCAAUCAGAUAUAUACCAUAUUUAUCAUGAAUGUUGUUACACACAUGUUA